GUUAUUAUUAGAUACUAAUUUACUACUCGUGUUAGUCGUUAGCUAUUACUAUUAAUCUACUGAUUACAUAUUGUAAUUUGUAAUUGUUGCAAUUUGCUAUGUAAUCGAACGACACGGUCGACAUUAAAGGCUGAAACCAUCUUUGUAGAAAAAACCGAAUCUACAACGUAGAGUUGUGUCGUUCGCGAACGGACGGGUCGCAUGUAUUUUUGCACGUAUCUGCGAGACUACACAACUGUGCGCACUGCGCAAUAUAUUAUUAUGAUAUAAUAUAGGUCAACGGGCAUAAAAUAUAUGGAUAUAACGACAUGCGAGGCUCUAACGAUUUCUCCGACAACCGCGCAUUCCCCAUUUCCCCACUGCCACAGCCGCACGUAGCGUAAAGUUCCUGACAAAUAAUAUCAAAAAAAUCUCAAUUUACUCGAACGAUAUAUAUCUUAUCACUUAUCAGACAGUCACUCCUCACUCGGUCAAGUGUCAACCGUCAAAACACUCAAAACUCUCUCGAAAGAGUGCACGCCCUAUAGUUGUCUGUGAAAUCAAAGAACUUUUCCACCGGCCAAAAUAUGUCGUCGAAUCAGAAGGUAUUAAAUUUAGACAAUAUGAAUCCAAACGUAAGGAUAAUGGAAUAUGCUGUUCGUGGACCGUUAUUGAUAAGAGCUACAGAAAUUGAAAAUGAAUUGAAAAAGGGUAUUGAAAAACCUUUUAAAGAAGUGCUUAAGGCAAAUAUUGGUGAUUGCCAUGCAAUGGGACAAAAGCCAAUUACAUUCAUACGCCAGGUUUUAGCUUUGGUAUCUCAACCAGAACUUUUGGAUGAUGAUCGAUAUCCUGAGGAUGUUAAGGAACGUGCAAGAACUAUUUUAGAUGGAUGCCGUGGUGGAAGUGUUGGGUCUUAUACUGAUUCUCCAGGAAUAGAAAUAAUAAGAAAACAUGUUGCUCAAUAUAUUGAACGUCGAGAUGGUAUUCCUUGUGAUUAUUUAAAUGUCCUCUUGUGUGCUGGUGCAUCAGAUGGAAUAAAAGCUAUUCUACGAUUAUUGGUUGCUGAUGUGGAUGGAAAAAAACCUGGUGUUUUAAUCCCUAUUCCACAAUAUCCAUUAUAUUCUGCUACAUUAGCAGAGUUUAAUGUAAAACAGGUUGGAUACUUUUUAGAUGAAAAUAAAAAUUGGGGUUUGGAUGUGAACGAAUUAGAACGCUCAAUAACUGAAGCACGCAAACAUUGUAAUCCCAGAGCUAUUGUGGUUAUUAAUCCUGGCAAUCCAACUGGCCAAGUAUUAACCAAAGAAAAUGUGGUGGAUGUUAUUAAAUUUGCAUAUAAAGAAAAAUUGUUCUUACUUGCUGAUGAGGUUUAUCAAGAUAAUGUGUAUGCUGAAGGAAGUAAAUUUUAUUCAUUUAAGAAGGUAUUAACUGAAUUAGGAUCUCCUUAUAGUGAAAUGGAAUUGGCAUCAUUUAUGUCUUGUUCUAAAGGUUAUAUGGGAGAAUGUGGCUUAAGAGGUGGUUACACAGAAGUGAUUAAUUUGGAUCCCGAAGUUAAAGCAAUGUUACUCAAAUCUGUGUCAGCUAUGUUAUGUCCUACAGUUCUUGGCCAAACUGUGAUGGACUGUGUUGUAAAUCCUCCACAACCAGAUGAACCAUCAUAUGAGAGUUUUCAAAAAGAAAAAAAUGGUGUACUGAAAUCUUUAGCAGAAAGAGCCAAAUUGGUAGCUGAUACAUUUAACAGUAUUCCUGGAAUGUCCUGCAAUCCAGUGCAAGGUGCAAUGUAUGCUUUUCCACAAUUCAAGUUACCUGAAAGAGCAAUAAAGGAAGCAAAAAAUCAAGGAAUUGAACCCAAUGCAUUUUAUGCGUUCCAACUUUUGGAAAGUACUGGUAUUUGUAUUGUACCUGGAUCUGGAUUUGGACAGGUUGAAGGAACUUAUCAUUUUAGAACAACAAUCCUUCCUCAGCCAGAUAAAUUGAAAAAUAUGUUGGACAAUUUCAAAGAUUUUCAUUUGAAAUUUAUAGAACAAUGGAAAUAAUAUUUGAAAAAAAAGUUUUGCAAUAAAUAUAUCAUUUAAGUAGAAAUAAAAUAUCAAUUACAUUUAAAUUUUACAACUGAUACAAAAUAUAAGUGAUCUAUUUAAAAUCUAUGCUAAACUUACAGUAUUUUUACAAUUUAACUUAAUUUUUUUUAGCCAGAGAUAAUUAUAUAUUGCAGUUUACUAGGGAUAUAAUAUUGUUUCAUUUACUAGAUAGAAUCGUUCCUACAUAUUUUAAACAAAACAAUGAAUUAUUAUUUAUUUAAUUUGUUGCCAUUAACGUUAAGGAGAUGGAUAUUGUAUUUUAAAUUAAUUGUAUUUUUAUGUUUAUCCUUAACAUAAUUACCAUUUACCAAGACUGCUCAAGAUUUAAAAAAAGUGCCCGGUUCUUUAAAUAAUAUUUUUUAUUUUUAAACAUCACUACAAACUAUUUAUUUUGGUGUGGAAAUGUUUACCCUUGUACUUAUUUAUGUUUUCAUAUUAGAUUUAAUUUCACCUAAAACUGUUAACAGCAUAACUAUCUCUGCGAGUUAUUAAUUAGUUAUGCUAGUCUAAAUUUAAUUAAAAUUUUAUCUGUUAAUAAUUAAUUAUUCAAAACUUGAUAACUCAAUAUUAGUUUAUAAAAAUAUCCAAUUUCGUCAGAAAUUAGAAUAAAUGCAAUUAAAACAAUAUUUUCUAGUUAUAAAAUUCUUAUACCAAAACUGUUAUUAAAUCCAUCCUUGCGUUACUUAAUUAUUUUUACUCAAAAUGUACCAUUUUUAUUUUUACAUCUGAGUUAUUUCUGAAACA